ACUGGUCUAGCCUGUGUCGAGCUCGAGCCCUGCCGUCCCGCAGCAGGCAUGCUUCAAAGCCGGGGGCGCAGCCACAGAGGCCCUUCUGUUUGCUCUUUGUUUUUUCCCCUAUCGAGAUUGCACGGGGAUAUUUAAUACGAAAAGUCCCGUGGUACCCGCCCUCGCUCAACCUGGAGUCCCUGAGAAACACCAGACUGUCAUAUAUAUACAUAUAUAUAUGUAUAUCAAUGGGACGAAAGUAGCGUCGUCCUCCAUCUCCCUCCACUUCUCUUCGCCUCCAUCCCUCUUUCUUUCCUGUGGUUUCUUAAGCGGGGUUUCGUCUUCUUCUCGCUUCUCCCUAUUCGUGCUUGUGUAGAUCACAACCGAGGCUCUUAUUAUUUCUUCUUCUCUUCUUUCCCUUCGUUCUCUUCGCUGAUACCGCUCCUUCUUCGUCGCCAUCAUGAAGGCCUCACUCGUGCUCCUGGGCGCAGGCUCUGCCCUCGCCUUCCGGGACUCCAAGAUCAUGUCAUCGGGCUCCGGCGAGAUGUGCAUCUCGUCACAGCUGCUCGCCGCCUCGUCGGGCGAAUUCGUCUGUCGCAACAACAAGGACGGCUCGGGCCUCUUCUACAAUGACCGCGGGGACCAGCAAUUCCCCUUGGCGGGCACGUCAUCCCCCUUCACAUCCUCGUCCCCCUCGCACUCGGUGUGGACGCACUCGAGCCCCUGCUUCAAGAACAGCACCGACAGCCCCAAGUACUGCAUCUACCACGCCGCCAGCUACGCGUCGGGCAAGGGCAUCUCCAUCAUCACCGACGCCGACCGCGCAGCCCACAUCACCCGCUCCCGGGGCUUCACGCAUCCCGAGGAUCUCGAGGGCGCCAACCAGCCGCUGCCCAAGUUCGAGGUAGCCAAGAUCCCCGGCAAGGACUACGGCCUCGUGGCCACGGUGCCCAUCCGCCGCGGCGAGGUCAUCCUCCGUGAGACAGCCAGCCUGCUCAUCGACUACUCCGCUUUCACACACAUCCCCCCGAAGACAUGCGCGACCAUCGACUACCUCCCCUUCCACCACCGCGGCGAGUGGCUCAACAUGUCGAGCCACGGCUACCAGGGCGACCACAUCUCCAUGGUCGACAAGAUCCUCAUCACCAACUCUUUUGAUGUCGAGAUGGACGACAAGCGCGAUGACGACUUUUACGCCGUCUUCGUCAACACCUCCCGCAUGAACCACGACUGCCGCCCUAACGUGGACUACUUUUUCGACCCGCGCACGCUGACGCAGCGCACCGUCGCCCUCCGCGACAUCAUCCCCGGCGAGGAGCUGACGCUCUCGUACAUCGACCCGAUGCAGUCACGUGAGGCCCGCCGCGAGCGCCUGCACUCGACUUGGGGCUUCCACUGCUCCUGCCACCACUGCAUGCAGCACCGCCUCAAGACGGAGGAAUCGGACCGCCGCAUGGAGCAGAUCGCCGCCCUGCGCGAGGAGUUCAACGACUACACGCCCGCCUCCCGCGCCACCCCCGAGAUGGCCGAGCUGCUCAUCUCCCUCUACGAGCAGGAGCAGCACUGGAGCCUGCUCAGCGAGGCCUACACCCUCGCCGCCAUCGAGUACAACGGCAUCGGCGAGCCCUGGAUCGCCACAAAGUACGCCCGCCUUGCCAUCGAGGCCGGCCUCACCACCCACUGGGAGGGCCACGGCGACGUCAUCGAGAUGACCAAGCUCGCCGAGGACCCCUGGGCCCACUGGAGCUGGAUGCUGCGCACCCGCAAGCGCUACAGCUGGGGCGGCAAGUCCGGCCACUACGUCGAGGACGACGACGACGAUGAGUAA